AAAUUGUUGCAGCAAUUAGACAGAGGUGCUGCGAGGUAGCAACUAUCCAAGGAAACCUGGGAAGUUCAUACGUGCGUCGGAUCGCAGCGAGCUUCAGAAGCGAGUUUGGGUGGAAUUAGAGAACGCAGAGAAUUAUGGCAGAGGCCGGACCAUCGAGCGUCCCUGUUGACGACAUCCCGAAGGAGAAAAAGGAUUUUAGCACAGCUAUCCUGGAGAGGAAGAAGUCUCCUAAUCGUCUGAUUGUGGAUGAUGCUAUCAACGACGACAACUCAGUUGUGGCGUUGCACUUGAAGACAAUGGAGACCUUGCAACUUUUUAGAGGCGACACCGUGCUCCUCAAGGGCAAGAAGCGUAAGGACACUGUGUGCAUCGUCUUGGCGGAUGACACAGUGGAAGAGUCCAAAAUCCGCAUGAACAAGACUGUGCGCAAGAAUCUGCGUGUGCGGUUGGGAGACAUUGUGUCAGUGCACCAGUGUGCGGACGUGAAGUAUGGCAAGCGCAUCCAUGUGCUGCCCAUCGACGACACCAUCGAGGGCCUGACCGGCAACCUGUUUGACGCCUUCCUGAAGCCCUACUUCCUGGAAGCCUACCGACCUGUCAGGAAGGACGACGUGUUCCUUGUACGCGGAGGCAUGCGCAGCGUGGAGUUCAAGGUGGUGGAGACGGAGCCGGAGCCCUACUGCAUCGUCGCCCCCGACACCGAGAUCUACUGCGAGGGCGAGCCCAUCCGCCGCGAGGACGAGGAGAAGCUUGACGAAGUCGGAUAUGACGACGUGGGAGGUGUGCGGAAGCAGAUGGCGCAGAUCCGCGAGCUGGUGGAGCUGCCACUGCGCCACCCGCAGCUCUUCAAGACCAUCGGCGUCAAGCCUCCCAAGGGAAUCCUGCUCUACGGGCCCCCCGGCUCAGGCAAGACGUUGAUAGCGCGGGCGGUGGCGAAUGAGACGGGCGCAUUCUUCUUCCUGAUCAACGGCCCAGAGAUCAUGAGCAAGCUGGCCGGCGAGUCGGAGAGCAACCUGCGCAAGGCCUUUGAGGAGGCCGAGAAGAACGCGCCCUCCAUCAUCUUCAUUGAUGAGAUCGACUCCAUCGCGCCCAAGCGCGAGAAGACGCAGGGAGAGGUGGAGCGGCGCAUUGUGUCGCAGCUGCUGACCCUCAUGGACGGGCUCAAGUCGCGCGCGCACGUCAUCGUCAUGGGCGCCACCAACCGACCCAACAGCAUUGACGCGGCGCUGCGGCGUUUUGGGCGGUUUGACCGCGAGAUCGACAUCGGCGUGCCGGACGAGACUGGCCGGCUGGAGGUGGUACGCAUCCACACCAAAAACAUGAAGCUGGAUGACAACGUCGACCUAGAGGCCAUCGCCAAGGACACGCACGGGUACGUGGGCGCUGAUCUGGCGGCACUGUGCACGGAGGCAGCGCUGCAGUGCAUUCGCGAGAAGAUGGACGUGAUCGACCUGGAGGAUGAGAACAUCGACGCCGAGAUCCUCAAUGCCAUGGCCGUCUCCAACGACAAUUUCAAGACCGCCCUCGGCAUCAGCAACCCGUCGGCGCUGCGCGAGACGGUGGUGGAGGUGCCCAACGUGAACUGGGAGGACAUUGGCGGCCUGGAGAACGUCAAACGCGAGCUGCAGGAGGUGGUGCAAUACCCCGUGGAGCACCCGGAGAAAUUCGAGAAGUUUGGCAUGUCGCCCUCCAAGGGCGUGCUCUUCUACGGACCCCCAGGCUGUGGAAAAACGCUACUGGCAAAGGCCAUCGCCAACGAGUGCCAGGCCAACUUCAUCAGUGUCAAGGGGCCCGAGCUGCUCACCAUGUGGUUUGGUGAGUCGGAGGCGAACGUGCGCGAGAUUUUUGACAAGGCGAGGCAGAGCGCGCCGUGCGUGCUGUUCUUCGAUGAGCUGGACAGUAUCGCCAACCAGCGCGGCUCGUCCUCGGGCGACGCCGGCGGCGCGGCCGACCGUGUGCUGAACCAGCUGCUGACCGAGAUGGACGGCAUGAACUCCAAGAAGACUGUCUUCAUCAUCGGCGCCACCAACAGGCCGGACAUCAUUGACAGCGCGCUGCUGCGGCCGGGGCGGCUGGACCAGCUGAUCUACAUCCCGCUGCCGGACGAGGGGUCGCGCCGCCAGAUCUUCAAGGCCGUCCUCCGCAAGUCCCCAGUCGCGGGCGACGUCGACGUGGACCUGCUUGUCAAGUACACUAACGGAUUCUCCGGCGCCGACAUCACCGAGAUCUGCCAGCGCGCCUGCAAGUAUGCGAUCCGUGAGAACAUUGAGAAGGACAUUGAGCGGGAGCGGGUGAAGGCGGAGAACCCGGACAGCAUGGAGGAGGAUGCGCCCGACCCGGUGCCCUCCAUCACGCGCGCUCACUUCGAGGAGGCCAUGAAGUACGCGCGCCGCUCCGUCUCCGACGCCGACAUCCGCAAGUACCAGGCGUUUGCGCAGACGUUGCAGCAGUCGCGCGGCUUCGGCUCGGAGUUCCGCUUCCCGGACAGGCCAGCCGGCGCCACAACCCCCGCCGGCGAGGCCGCUGCGGCCGCCGCAGCCCCGGCUUUUGCAAACGGCGCUGCUGAUGACGACGAUGACCUCUACAGCUAG